AUGCCUCACUCAUGCUUCUCGUUGUUGCCACAGGCAAUCCGUACCUCUCAAAAGAUGUAUCGCUGCUCUGGAGGCCAUGUGGUGGAAGCUUCUUCUAACACUAAUCCCUUGAAAAGUUAUGUAGUGCGCAAAAGUACACCAGGAUGGUUAGAAACACAACCUUUGGUUUCUGAGAAGUUACUCUACAGGCGCUUGUUGCCCGUUGAAGCUUUAGUAACUCCAACAGUUCAAGAUUUUUCUGAUACACCUCUUAUUGGCGAUGAUAAGAUUGGAGUGUUAUUGUUGAACCUCGGAGGUCCAGAGACUCUUGAAGAUGUGCAGCCUUUUUUGUUUAACCUUUUUGCUGACCCAGAUAUAAUACGACUACCAAGGUUAUUUAGCUUUCUUCAGAAGCCAUUGGCCAAAUUUGUAUCUGUUUUAAGAGCACCAAAGAGCAAAGAAGGCUAUGCUUCUAUCGGAGGUGGAUCUCCUCUUAGACGUAUAACUGAUGCACAGGCUGAAGAGUUGAGAAAAUCUCUUUGGGAAAAGAAUGUUCCAGCCAGAGUGUAUGUUGGCAUGCGAUAUUGGCAUCCAUUCACUGAAGAGGCUAUUGAACAGAUUAAAAGGGAUGGAAUAACAAAGCUUGUUGUGCUUCCACUUUAUCCACAAUUUUCAAUUUCAACCAGUGGUUCAAGUCUUCGUCUCUUAGAGAGUAUAUUCAGAGAGGAUGAAUAUCUAGUCAACAUGCAGCACACAGUAAUUCCUUCAUGGUACCAGCGUGAAGGAUACAUUAAUGCCAUGGCAAAUUUAAUUGAGAAAGAGCUACAAGGUUUUGACUGUCCUGAGAAGGUCAUGAUAUUCUUUAGUGCACAUGGGGUGCCUCUUGCUUAUGUUGAAGAGGCUGGUGAUCCAUACAAGGCAGAGAUGGAGGAAUGUGUUGAGUUAAUCAUGGAAGAGCUUGAAAAGAGAAAGAUAACUAAUGGAUACACCCUUGCUUAUCAGAGUAGAGUUGGACCUGUGGAAUGGUUAAAACCCUAUACAGACGAGACAAUAGUUGAACUUGGGAAAAAGGGUGUAAAAAGUCUGCUGGCUGUACCAAUUAGCUUUGUCAGCGAGCAUAUUGAAACUCUAGAAGAAAUUGAUGUUGAGUACAAAGAAUUGGCUCUCAAAUCUGGCAUAGAAAAAUGGGGCCGUGUUCCUGCUCUAGGAACUGAACCCACCUUCAUUUCAGAUUUGGCCGAUGCCGUAAUUGAGAGUCUCCCAUAUGUUGGUGCAAUGGCUGUUUCAAACCUUGAAGCUCGACAGUCUUUGGUUCCACUAGGCAGCGUAGAAGAGUUAUUGGCAGCAUAUGACACACAACGUAGGGAGUUGCCACCGCCAGUAAUUGUGUGGGAAUGGGGAUGGACCAAAAGUGCUGAAACUUGGAAUGGAAGAGCUGCCAUGCUUGCUGUGCUUCUUAUGUUGUUUUUAGAAGUCACCACUGGUGAGGGAUUUCUGCACCAGUGGGGAAUAUUGCCCUUGUUUAGGUGA